UUCCUCUCGUAGGGGUUUUAGCAUCUAAAUAAACUACUGUUCUAAACCCCUGAACUGAAGUCCCCAAAUUAUCAGCUGCCAAUACAAGUUGUAGGGUUUGCCCCAAAUAUUCAUUCUUUUAGGGUUAUGGAAAAAGAUGCAUCUUUUUUGUUUGGCGGCAUCACUUUCAAUCGUAAAAAGUUUGGCACUGAUUUUGACAGGUUUAAGGGGCAUAAAACAAGUGACAACUCAUUAGAGAAGCUGGAGUUAGUUGAGAAUGAAAAAUCCGAAAUGGAAGAUGAGACAAAUACCUGUGUUGGUAAGAAGAGGAAGAGAAAGGAGAAGGGAACAGUUCCUGACUCAGUGGACGGAUUCUCCGUUUUCAAGAAUUCGAAAUUGAAAAAGGAAGCUGCCAGCGAAGAGAAUGAUCAAUCUGCAAAUGAACUGCUUGAGGGAAAAAAAGAAUAUCAUCGGCAAUUGGAGAGGGAUGCACUUUUCCGGAAGUUACACGGCAUUCAUGUUUCUGGAAGUAAUGUCCCUUCGCCAUUGCACAGUUUUGCAGAAUUAAGAUCAAGAUAUAAAUGUCGAUUAUAUCUAUUACGCAACCUGGCAGAACUGGGAUUUAAAGAACCAACACCAAUCCAAAGACAGGCUAUUCCAGUCCUCUUAUCUGGACGGGAAUGCUUUGCUUGUGCACCUACCGGUUCUGGAAAAACAUUUGCUUUUGUCUUUCCAAUACUUGUGAAACUCAAGGAUACUUCAAAUGAUGGUGUCCGAGCUGUAAUUAUUUCCCCUACAAAAGAGUUAGCUGCUCAGACUACAAGAGAAUGCAGAAAGUUGGCUAAAGGGAAGAAGUUCUACAUCAGGUUGAUGACUAAAAAGCUCGCUAAAAGUGGAGACUUUUCUAAAUUGCGAUGUGAUAUACUCAUCUCGACACCAUUGCGCUUACAGUUUGCUAUCCGCAAAGGAAAGCUUGAUUUAAGUAGGGUUGAAUUUCUUGUCUUAGAUGAAUCUGAUAAGCUUUUUGAGCCUGGCUUGCUAGAGCAGGUUGAUUUUGUGGUGAAUGCGUGCACAAAUCCUUCAAUUCUUCGGUCGUUGUUCAGUGCUACGUUACCUGAUAUAGUUGAAGACAGAGCGCGUACAAUAAUGCAUGAUGCUGUUCGAGUCAUUAUUGGUAGGAAAAAUUCUGCUUCAGAAACAAUAAAGCAAAAGUUGGUAUUCGUUGGGAGUGAAGAAGGAAAACUUCUAGCUCUUCGUCAAAGCUUUGCAGAGAGUUUGAAUCCACCGGUGCUAGUAUUCGUUCAAAACAAGGAACGCGCAAAGGAGCUAUAUGACGAACUAAAAUUGGAAGAUUUUCGAGCUGAUGUUAUCCAUUCAGAUCUUUCUCAGACACAGAGAGAAAAUGCUGUUGAUAACUUCAGAGCUGGCAAAACAUGGGUUUUAAUUGCCACAGAUGUUGUCUCCCGGGGUAUGGAUUUCAAAGGUGUCAACUGCGUAAUAAAUUAUGAUUUUCCAGACGCUGCUGCAGCAUACAUUCACAGAAUUGGACGUACCGGAAGAGCAGGAAGGAGAGGAGAGGCGAUUACAUUUUAUACUGAAGCAGAUAUUCCUUUUUUGAGGAACAUAGCAAAUGUUAUUACUUCUUCUGGUGGUGAGGUUCCCGAGUGGAUCAUGUCAAUGACCAAGAAAAAGUGGAGGAAACAUAGGCCACAAAGAGAAACCAUUUCAACUCAGCCAGACAUAUGAAGCAACCUCCCAGUUCUGACACCAUUAUAUCAAAGCUCCUAAUCUUUUUAUAUAAUUUUGAUGUAUGAUUCUUUUUGUAACUUUAUGUUAAUGUAUGAAUUUGGAUUGGUGUUUCUUGUGACAUCUUCAACUUAAAUGGUAGAGAAAUGAAUGUGGUCUUUUUUGACUUAA